UCCGUCCACACGUUUGUUUUGUAAACUGCCGGCCAAGUUUUGUAAGCAAUCCGAGUGACCGCAGCUGUAAAACGAGGCUUUUCCUUUUUUUGCACUGCUUUCCCAUAUGCAGCAAUGGAGGUGUGUGUUGUAUCGACGCUGUGCUACUUCAUAUUAUUUUAUGUGUUGGUCCACAUGCUGGCCUUCGUGUUCGCCGACGCAGAUUUGACGUUGCUGUGGGCAAGUUUGCUCGGACGCAAGCCAGAGGUGAAGCUGAAGGGUCAGGUGGUGUGGGUCACUGGCGCGUCCAGCGGUAUCGGAGAGGAGCUGGCCUACCAGCUGGCUCGGUGUGGCUCGCGCCUCGUUCUGUCCGCCCGCCGCGAGGAUGAGUUAAAGAGGGUGAAACGGCAAUGUUUAGAGUCCUCGGCCCUCAAGAAUGAGGAUAUUCUUGUUCUUCCGAUGGAUUUGUUGGAGAGGACAACCCAUGAAGCCAAAACCCAAGCUGCAAUUGAGUACUUUGGACGAAUUGACAUCCUAAUAAACAACGGGGGCCGAAGCCAGCGCUCUUUGUUCUUGGACACGAGUGUUGACGUGUACCAGGCUUUGAUGGAGCUCAACUUCCUGGGUACCGUCUCCCUCACCAAGCAGGUGCUGCCUCACAUGACGCAGCGCGGUACCGGUGCCAUCGUGACCGUCAGCAGCGUGCUGGGCCUCGCCGGGGCGCCCCUGGCGACAGGAUACGCUGCCAGUAAACAUGCUCUUCAGGGUUUUUAUAAUUCCCUUCGGACUGAGCUCAAUGACUAUCCUAAUAUACUCAUCAGCAAUGUGUGUCCAGGGCCUGUGCAAUCAUUCAUAGCACAAAAUGCCUUCACUGAAGACCUGCACAAGCCUGUGGUUUCAGCUGGUUACCAGGGACACAAGAUGCCCACCAGUCGCUGUGUGUCUUUAAUACUGGUGGGGAUUGCCAACAGUGUCAAGGAAAUGUGGAUCGCGCAGCAACCCUUCCUGGCUUUCUACUAUGUCUGGCAGUACACUCCCACAUUCGCCUGGCUCAUCACGAAAACCCUGAGCAAAAAAAGGGUUCAGAAUUUCAAAUCUGGUUUGGAUGCAGAUUCUGCCUACUUCACCAAGCCCAAGACCUUAUAAAAAAAGUGGCUUCUGGACAGGAAGAUUUCAAAUUUUGGGUGGGGUUGCAAAGUAGAAUAAUAUCAGCUUCUUACAAGUAAUUUUAUUAUAUACAGAUAGACAUAUAAAAAUGAACAAAGGUCAAUCAAAAUUAUUUUCAAGUUGUAAACAAGUGAACUGUAAACAAAUUGCACUGAACACAUACAGCAAGACUUACCCAAGGCACAUCCUUGAUAUCUUCAAAUAAUUGUAUUUUGUGUCCCUUUUUACCAGACAGGGAAGGUUAUUUGAAUAUUGUAACAAUUAAAAACAGGUAUUUGGUGAAGGGCAGUUGAUUUAAAAACAAUAAAUCCCAAACCAAUGUGCUCCUGCUGAAUUUAGCUUCCAAUCAGCCUUUUAGUAUACUGUAUAUAUACACUGGGUAUGGGAAACAUUCAGACCCCCUUCAAUUUUUUAAAUCUUUGUUAUACUGCAGCCAUUUGCUAAAAUCAUUUAAGUUCAUUUUUUUCCUCAAUGUACACAUAGCAACCUAUAUUGACAGAAAAAAAACAGAAUUGUUGAAAUUUUUGCAGAUUAAAAAAGAAAAACAAAUAUCACACAGCAAUAAGUAUUCAGACCCUCUGCACUGACACUCAUUUAACUCCGGUGCUGUCCAUUUCUUCUUUUCGAAGAAAAGAUGAAUGCAGCCAAGUACAGGGAUAUCCUGGAUGAAAACGUUCUCCGGAGUGCUAAGAACCUCAGACUGGGCUGAAGGUUCACCUUCAAAAAAGACAAUGACCCUAAGCACACAGCUAAAAUACAGAAGAAGUGGCUUCAGAUCAACUCCGUGACUGUUUUUGAAUGGCCCAGCCAGAGCACUGACUUAAACCCAAUUGAACAUCUCUGGAAAAACCUUGAAAAUGGCUGCCCACCAACGUUCACCAUCCAACCUGAAAGAACUGGAGAGGAUCUGCAAGGAUGAAUGGCAGAUGAUCCCCAAAUCCAGGUGUGAAAAACUUGUUGCAUCAUUUCCAAAAAAGACUCAUGGCUGUAUUAGCUCAAAAGUGUGCUUCGACUAAAUACUGAGCAAAGGGUCUGAAUACUUAUGGCUGUAUGAUAUUUAAAUUUUUCUGCAAAGAAUUCUACAAUUCAGUUUUUUUCUGUCAAAAUGGGGUGCUGUGUGUACAUUAAUGGAGAAAAAAAAAUACUUAUUUUAGCAAAUGGCUGCAAUAUAAAAAUGAGUGAAAAAUUUAAGGGGGUCUGAAUACUUUGCGUACCCACUGUAUAUCCUGUUUAAAAACCCUUUUAAAUGUUCUGCCACAUGUAACUGGUCGAUGUGUCAGUUCUAAUGUGAAUUUUACAACUUCAAUGUACGUUUGCUUUUUCCUCUGUGGUACUGGACUAAAGCACCAUGAUAAAUAAAUGCAAAUAUGAA